UUCUCUCUCCCCCCGAGUUAUUCCCCAGUUUACCUUCGGACGAGCCUGUAAUGGACUACUCCAGUUCUCCCAGCAACCUGGACGGAUUUUAAGAAGCGCUGGCAUUUUUUAAGCCCCCUUCACGACAUUUUACCCUUUCAAGUCAGAAGGAUGGCUGAAAAGGAGCCCGAAUCGCCUGGAAAAUUAAAGACAUUAUUAUAGCCAGAACUGGCUUUUUCGGAAUAGAGGGCCUAUCCGAACGGACUAUUUCCUUUCACAACUUUCCCCGCUGUGGAUAAUGGAUGGCAGAGAUUUUGGUCCUCCCCGAUCCGUCCACGUUCCACCUUCGUUGUUGGCGGGGCUCGCGAUGGACUCUCACUCCAUCCGGCUCGGAGCAGCUGCUGCAGCCGGGAGGAUCCCUCCCUCCUCCGGUCACUUGCUGGGGAGUCAGCCGCAGCCUCUCCACUCCGGAAAAUUCUUGCCAUCGGCCAUUAACCUACAUCCACACCACAGCGAUGCCUUCCCGGCAGGCUCCAGCCCAUUCCUGUCAGGCUAUCCAGGCCCCUCCUCUCUGACCUCUGACCCUGCAUACAGAUCCGCAAAUCCCAGCAGUCUGCAGAUGGCUCAGCUGUGGGCAUCGCAUGCUCAUGAUGGCUACCCCCCUCUUCCAAGCAGCCUGUACUCCAGCCCUUACUUGGGGCACCUGGGGCACCUUGAGCCUCCCUCGCUCUCCCAGCACCCUCUCUAUGAUUCUCAUAAAGAGGGAUAUUACCUGCCAUCCUCCCUGAGGCAGUCACCUCUCCAUCCCCCGUCUGCUGCCUCCAAUACCCCGUCCAGCUCCACACCCCCACAGAGGACAUCCCGGGAAGGGGUGAGGGAAAGGUCUUAUCGGGGAGAGAGGGAUAGAGACAGGGAAAGGGAGCGGGAACGUUCAAGAGAGGAGCAGCGGCCGCAGAGCGUGGUGGACCUGACACAGGACGGGAGAGGUGAGGAGGACCGCAGGGUGGGCAGGGAACGGGAACGAGAGAAGGAAAAGGACCGGGACGCAGAAAGAGACAGAGAUGGUUGGUCCUUCCAUCUACACCAGCAAAAGUCACACUCCCAGCCUUCCACAGUGGAGCCCAGAUCCAGGCUGUCAUCUCCACAGACCUCCUUCCCUCCUGGUGGGGGUGGAGGAACAGGCAGGUUUCAUGGACCAGAACCGGACAGAGGGAGUCGGGACGAGGAUAGCAGCUCUCGACUCCACCAUAACUCUAAUGCUAAUGCGAAUAACUCAAACCCUCAUUCAGAGAGACAUAGGAGGAAUGACUCUGUAGCCACGUCAGCUGGAACCCUCCACAUAUCCUAUGUCCUCCCUCCUGCUCUCCAGUCCUCAGCAGCUGGUGCGCCCCACCUUUCCACAGCCAGAGAGUCUGUCAGGGAGCAACGAAUAAGCGCACCUACGUAUGUGCCUUCUGUGGAGGUUUAUGAUGAGCAGACGGGGCCGAUCCAGAUAGCAUCACAAGCGCGCGACAACAAACACAGAGACCGAGAACGGGAGCGUGACAGAGACGUGGAGCAUGAACGGGACAGAGACAGAGAGAGGGAGAGCUACAGGUUUCAUGAGAAGAUCGUCAUGGAGCAUCCUCGGCUCUCCCACUCAGGCGAUUUAAGCAAUCAAAGAGAGGAAGGUUCUGUGAUUUGUUCCAAUGGUUCUGUUGGUAAACGAAACCAGGACGCAUCCCUCUCCUCCAUUCAAUCAAGGUUCAGCCCAGAAACCAGGGACAUCUCUAAACACUCAAACAGAUUAGGCAUAGAGCGAUCUGCGGCAGAGCCCAAGUGGAAUCCUAUCAGUCCGGUGACCAAAUACGCUACAAGUCACAUGGCUGCUCUGGCAGCCCAACACACGCUUUCUUCUCCCCACAGCCAGCAGACACACACGCGAAUGUCACAGUCCCCUCACACAUCCCAUCGACACAACAGCAACACACAAUCGACCCACAGCCAUUCCCCCCAAACACACUCCUCCCAGCACGGACACGGGCGUGCAAGCGAAGAGGGUAGUCAGAGACGCUACCUGGACCCAUCGGCGCUCUACCGACCAGGGGGUUCCAGCGGUGGAGAGCGUGGUGGAGGAUUGGGUUCGGAUUCUAAAGAGGUUUCGGCCAUGCAGAGCCUGAUCAAAUACAGUGGAAACUUUGCUGCUGAAGGCCCUGGUUCCUCCAGGAACAUCACGGACGGCAGAGGGCCCUUUGGUGGAUUGGGGAACAUUGGGAUGGAAGUGGAGAGGGAAAAGGAGAGGGAGAAAGAGAGAGAGCGAGAAAGGGAGAGGGAUAGGAUAGCAGUUGGCUCCGGUGGUUCAGGAACAUUAAGGAUGCCUCAGCUGAAGAGAGAACAGGAACGACCCGACAGUGCCCGCUCCUUUGGCCGGGAAGGUGAGGGCGAGGUGCGCCACCCUCCGGUUGGGAUCGCUGUUGCUGUGGCUCGGCAGAGAGACAGCGGGGCCACCAGUAAACAGACGAGUGGAAGCUCAGACACACAGAGACCCCUGCUGCAAACCGCUAUUAAAGAUGAAGAACGUGGAGAGGACCGUGCUCGCCACCACAAUGACAGACUGCUGGCUGGCCGGCUCGAACGUGAGCAGGAGAAAGUGCUCAGAGAGUCCAAGGAACUGGCAGAGUUUACUCAGAUGCACCCUGCCCCACUAUCUAGCGGCUUGACACCCGGUAUGAUGACGUCCAGCCUCAUGACCCCAAACCUUAUGGUCACAGGAGGGGCCGCUCUGGCAGGGGCAGGACGAUGGCCUCCCGACCCCUCAACUUUGACCUCUCACCCGUGGAUACCCCGGUCUGGAGCUCCCCCAGUCUGGCUCUCUGGCUCUCCAUACAGCCUGGGUCCCUCUUCACUCCACCAGACCCUCCCCCCAGGCUACCCACCCUCUCUGCCAGGCUCGAUGCCCCCUCCCUACCAGUUUGCCAGAGAUCCGCAGUCUGGACAGCUAAUCGUCAUCCCAUCCGAACACCUGCCACACUAUGGUGGUGAUGUACUGGAGCGUGGAGCCCCAGUGUGGUCGGGUGUGUACGGUACAACCAGCACUUUGCAGCAUGCGGCCCAGCUGCAGCUCCUCUCUCAGCAGCAGAUCCUCCGACAACACGAGCUACUCAUGAUUCAGCAGCACACGGCGCAGGUCUUGGAGCUACAGAGGAAUGCACAGAUAGCUGAGCGCCUAAAGGCCAGUGAGCACCGGCCAGAGAUUGAAGACAAAGCAGACAAGCGUAACACUGACUCAAAGCCCAGACCCUCCUCAAUUUCAUCCCCGUCUCCCUCACCGGUGCUGCAUCCCCGCAAACCUCCUCCUUCCUCUCGAUCUCCAACCCCGUCGACAUCGUCCCUAACCCCGCUGCCUCGGCUCCCCUCUCCAGUGACCACACUGAAGUCAGAGGAAGGUGGGCAGAGAGUACUGUCUCCGCCGAAGCCCCUGCCUCACCCGCCUUCACCCCGUUCAGCGUCUCCCCCCCCUUCCUCGCCACGGCGGCCUAAACAAGAGAUGUCUGAAGAGGGGGAGGUGGGACAGAGGGAACAGAGAGAGGGGCAGAAGCCGACCUCUGCACCCUUUCAAAGCAUCUACUCCGAUCUCCCUCCAGGUUAUCCUUACCAGUCCAUCACAGCCCCAUUUGGCUCACCUUUUCCUCCUUAUCACAUCCCAACACCCACAGGGGAAAAUGCAGAAGCUCAUUAUGCAGAGUGCAUCAGCACAGAUUCAGACAGACAGGAACUGUCUCAGACAUGUGCAUCACUAGAUCAAACCACCAGCGUUUCAUGUGAACAGGAACAGCCAGACAGUCCAGUCAUCUUGGAUGCUCCGAGUCCAAAAGAAAGUCUUGUUGAUCCUCCUCUCUAUCCACUUCCUGCCCCUACCUCUCCACUUCCACUUCUCAUCAGUUCAGAAGAUCCCAUGGCAGGGAUGCUCGCCUUGCUGACAGCUAGUGAGAUGGUCCAUCCUCUAUCCAUCACCCCACCUGCCCCAACACUCAUACCACAGAUUGAAAGCUGCAGCACUGCAGGACCUAUGGAGAUGGUGGCGCUGGAGGGGAUGGCCCUGCUUAGCCAAAUGGCUCAGCAAGAGUUAGAAAACAGCCAUAAGGAGCAAGAUGUGACAUUAGAGGGUCUAGACUGUCUUCUUGAAGCAAGCAAACAAAUCCUUCUGGAGGCCAUAGAGAAACAAUCCCACAUCGAUCUGCCCAGAACGCUGGACCCCAACAAGAAGUACAGCUGGCGGCAGAGGAAAGAGGAGCCGCUGUACAGUAAACUGCCUCUGGAUGUGUUGGACACAAUGGAAGUGGAACUCCGUGUCCGCUUGGCUGAGCUGCAGAAGACGUAUAAAGAGAAGCAGAGAGAGCUCAGCAAGCUCCAGCGACGCAGAGACAAGCGUGAGCGCCAGCUGCAGGAAGAUGAGAGGCGCAGUCUAACCAGACGGGGUAGAGGGCGACCUAGAAAGAGGAAGCACUUGGCCACACCUACCAAACUGGACAGCAGGCCUGGAAAGGUGGGUCGGGCGGUGCAAUACUCGGAGGAUUCUGAAGCAGGGGAAGGACAGAGGAAGAAGUUCCGGGUGUCCAGAGAAGAAGAGGAGACAGAAGCAGGAAGUGGAGGCUUGAAAGUGAAAAAGAAGAAAAAGAAGAGCUGGAAUGACACGGAGCCAUCUACUAGUCAUCCGCUGGAGGUGCUAAAGGCAAAGCGCGGCCUCCUAUGUGAGCAGGAGCAGCUGGCGUCAGACCUCGACAGAGCGCUCUCUCUCUCGCAGCUCGGCUCUCUCGGCGCAUCACGCAAAUUCACCUCCAACACGAAAUCGGAGAAGUCGAAGAGCAAGUCUGUGGAAAGUCGACUCAAGGAGAGAGGAAUCCACUCCUCGGUCAAAGCAGGAAAACACAAGAUGGCUUCUAAGGCUUCUGCUUCAGACGCUGCCCGGAAAGUGAAAGGUCAGAAGAAGACAGCUUUGUUCUCUCCCAUGAGAUCAGAGCUCAGCAGCUGCUCUAACAGUGAGUACCUGGAGACAAAAAGUAGCUUCAUGUGUCUUUUCCCCAACUGUCAACACAGCCCGAGUUCUAGACUUUACAUAAAGGCGGGCUGCGGCGGUUCAGACAGUGGAUCUCCUCUCUCCACUGUUGUUUCUCUCCUGCCUACACCUGGAAAUCUUUUCUCUGAUGCAGAAACCUCGGAGGACGAGGAGGAGGAAGAGUCGGAUUCAGACGACGACCCCGGUUGUGAGGAGAGCGGGCUGGGUCUGCUGGCCAGGUUUGCGGCGAGUGCGCUCCCUGUCAGCUCGGCCUCUUUGAGUCUCCACCACGACAGCAAACACUGCAGCAGGCAAAGCACUCUGGGUUCAACAGAGUGCGAGUGGUCAGACUCUGGCUCGGACGUGCGGUUAAGGAAGUUCCCUUCUCUGCUGCACGGAAAACGCUCCGCCCCCGAGCUCCCCCUUUUGCCACCAGCGACCCGCCGCGUUGACCAGAGUAGCCCCACCAAGCGAGACGAGGCCCUGCCAGCCAAACGCAAACCUCUGCCCAAAUCACGCCCUACGCCUCGCUCACCCCGGAGAUUUAGUUUCGACCUCGCCAGCAGCUCUGGGUUCGGAGGUUUCAGCGAGGAUGAGGGCUGGAACCGCCGACGCAGCGAGAGGAUUUUUCUCCACGAUGCCACGGUUUCAGCAAAUCAGAUGUCUGUGUCAGCCUCCACCCCUUCCACCAGUCAGAGCUCCUCGUCCUCCUCCACCAGCUCGGCCCCACCGCUCACACCGAAGGCCGUCUCCAGACCGAAGCCCACUCAGCCCGGCAGAGACGGGAAAGACGUGGUGAAAAAAAAGAAGCUGAAGGACUCUCCUCUGCCUGUGAGCCCGUCCACUCUGUGCAGUCCAGUCACAGACAGCCCUGCACCGCUGAGCCUCAGCCUGGCACGUAAGAGUCAACCAAAACCCAAGACCAAAGCCAGAGAGCCUUCCAGGGGUGCGGUGAGCCGGCUGAUGGAGAGCAUGGCGGCAGACGAAGACUUCGAACACAACCAAGACAGCAGCUUCAGCGAGGACGAACUCGUCCCAGCACGAAGCAGCAGCGUGUCAGAGAGUGCCUCGACUCCCGCUCCAGUGCAGUGUGUGCUGGAUAAGGACUCUCUGGUGGACGGACUCAGAGUAUUGAUCCCGAUGGACGACCAGCUACUGUACGCAGGACAUGUGAACACUGUACACUCCCCUGACAUGUGAUUCCUACUUCUGUGUGUACAGAUCAUUGAUGUGAAGCCUCCAUCCGUGCGCUAUCUCCCUGAGGGCACCCGCAUCGCUGCCUACUGGAGCCAGCAGUACCGCUGUCUUUACCCCGGCACUGUUGUCAACGGAAGUUCAGACAUCGAUGAGAAUGACGAUCUCAUCACGGUGGAGUUUGACGAUGGCGACACGGGCCGCAUCCCUCUCUCACACAUCAGACUGCUGCCGCCAGACUACAAGAUCCACUGUGCCGAACCAUCCCCGGCUCUGCUCGUGGCCAGCUGUUCCAGGAGGAGGGUCCGCAAAUGCAGCAAAGAGGGUAAAGAGGCGGGAGCAAAGCCAGAGGAGACCACACCCAAGAUCAAGGGAAAACCUGGUCGCAAACCAAAACCCAAACCAGGAGAGAAAGGGAAAAUCAAGAAGAAGAAGAAAUGCACCUCAAGCUGCUCUUCAUCGUCUUCGUCCUGCUCUGGUUCUUCCUCAUCUUCUUCCUCGUCGUCAUCUUCAUCAUCAUCAUCUUCGUCGACUGACGACUCCUCCUGCAGCUCAGAUGAAGAGAGGACUCCUACACCUCCACCAGCCUCAGUCCAGAAGCCUCCAGAACAAGAUAAACCUAAGGAAGAAGCAAAAGAAGAGGAGGAGGAAGAGGAGGUGAAGAAAGAGGUUGAGGUGAAAAUGGAGGAGGAAGAACUGUCUCCACCACCACAGUCUCCCUCCCCUUCAACCUCUCCAACAGCUGCUGCUCCUGCUCCCUCUAAACCGGCUAAGCCAGCCACCGGAAAGGGCUCCGGACAAAGGGGUCGUCCUCCAAAACCAAAGCCCAGUGGAGGAGAGGGGAAAGCGGGGAGGCCAAAGAGGAGAGAGGGGGUCCACCUUCCCACGACUAAGGAGCUGGCUAAACGUCAGAGGCUUCCAAGUGUGGAGAACAGGCCCAAAAUUUCAGCUUUCCUUCCUGCACGACAGCUCUGGAAGUGGUUUGGGAAACCCACUCAGAGACGUGGUAUGAAGGGCAAGGCUAAGAAGCUCUUCUACAAAGCCAUUGUGCGUGGCAGAGAAAUGAUCCGCAUCGGGGACUGUGCAGUGUUCCUGUCCGCCGGCCGCCCCAACCUGCCCUUCAUCGGUCGCAUCCAGAGCAUGUGGGAGUCCUGGGGCAGCAACAUGGUGGUCAGGGUCAACUGGUUCUAUCAUCCAGAGGAGACGAACCCCGGCAAGAAACUCACAGACAAGAAGAACUGGGAUCAGAUAUGCGGUCAGUCUUUACCAGCAGCUCUGCACUCUUCCAUCCAGAGGAAAGACUUUAUGGAGCGCGCCCUCUACCAGUCGUCUCACAGCGACGAGAACGACGUGCAGACGGUCAGCCACAAGUGCCUGGUGGUGAGCGUGGAGGAGUACGAGCAGAUGACCCACACUCGCCGCUACGCCGACAGCGAGGACCUCUACUACUUGGCCGGCACCUACGAACCCACCACGGGGAUGAUCUUCAACACCGAUGGAGUUCCAGUCAUCUGCUAAAAAGAAAAGAGAAA